GCGUAAAUGGCCAAUGCCAAUGACAUAAACAGUAUAACUUUAAUUGUAACUAUUGUGGAAAAUUUGAGUUUUGUAAUUAAAAUUUCAUAAUGGAUCCCGUUAAAGAUGUGGUUCAAUUUUAUCAAGUUCUUCAGCAAGAAUGGGCGAAAAAACCUCCAAAUUUGGACAAAUGUGGGCAAAUUUUGGAAAAGUUAAAGGUUGCUUUGACUCAGAUGACAUUUCUUCCAACAAAUGAUAAAUGUGCUACAAGAAAAGAACUGUUAGUAGCCAGAGACAUUUUAGAGUUAGGCGCUCAGUGGAGUAUUAAAAAUGAAAAUAUACCUGCUUUUGAAAGAUAUAUGGCUCAACUUAAAUGUUAUUACUUGGAUUAUCAAAAUGAUUUACCUGAUUCUGCAUCGAAGUACCAACUUUUGGGACUAAACCUGCUUUGUCUUCUAGCUCAAAAUAGAGUUGCAGAAUUUCAUACAGAGCUAGAACUGCUACCUGCUAAAGAAAUCCAUUCAAAUGUUUAUAUCAAGCAUCCAGUAUCAAUGGAGCAGUAUUUAAUGGAAGGAAGUUAUAACAAGGUAUUUCUUUCUGGAGAUAAUGUGCCAGCUGAAAGUUACAAUUUUUUUAUCAAUAUUUUAUUGGAUACUGUGCGAAAUGAAAUUGCAGCCUGCAUAGAAAAGGCCUAUGAAAGAUUAGCUCUCAAUGAAGCCUCCAGGAUGUUGUUCUUUACUAAUAAAAAAGACAUGACAGACUAUGCGAAAAAGAGGGGAUGGAACAUGGCUGGUGAUCACUAUAUUUAUGAUGUGGAAGACAAACAGCAUUCUGAUGAUAACAUACCUGCAUUUGAGCUUGCAACGCAAGUCAUAGACUAUGCUAGAGAAUUAGAAAUGAUUGUAUAAAUUUCAUUAUUUAAAUAAACAUUACAUCUUUUGUCUAACUUUUA